GUUUCAUACUAAUUUGUGCAGUUAUACACAUUUCGUUACUCAGCUUUUAAAAUAAUUUUUUGGUGCAUUUAUUUGAGCUAAUGUUACUUUAUGCGCUGCAUUAAGCAUCCAUAUUCUAACUCUGAAACUUCUUACUGUAGAAGGAUAUGUCCUACAAUUUAACCUUAAGUCUUUCAUCCUGUCACCUUUGAACGAUAUCAAUGAACAAAUAAUGUUCAAUUUAACACAUAAUGGGUCUCAUACAGUAUUAUCUGAGAGUUUUCUUUCGGUCCCAUUUUAAGCCUAUGGAUGUAGGAUAUGCAAAACAAGGAGUAAAGAUUUCCAAAGUUAUCUACUUUAUGUCAGCAUGGAGUCUAUUUAUAUGUACAUUGUAUUUAUAUUUAAAGAAAUCUGACGAAAUUAAAGAUUCUCCAUAUGCUCAAGGACGACUAAUCACUGCCCGUGAUCUUGCAAGGAGGCAUGGAAGUAGUUCGAAGGACAGUGUGAUAUAUUACAUUGGAAUGACAGGUGUACAAAAAGAAGUAGUAUCCUUAGAAGAUGUAGAAAAUGAGGACAAUUGCAAAGCUUGUAAAUAAAAUUUUUAGCUGAGUAGAAAUCCCAGAAUUGUAGUAUUUUUUCUUUGUAAAUAAAAAUUUUAAAAAGAAAAAAA